CGUCUCCAUCACCAUCCAUCGUUCUCUCUCUCUCUCUCUCUCUCUCUCUCUCCCUCCCCCUCCCUCCCCGGCGACCAAUCCGCGUGCCUGUCUGUCUCCUGCUCGAGCUGCAGCGAUGGAGGACGGCAGGGGUGACAGCAAGGAGGCGGCCAGGCGCAUCGAGUGGACUACCAUGAACUUGGAGAACGGCGGCGAGAGGGGCGUUGGCAAUGGCAAUGGCCGGAAGCCGAUGAACAUCUUCCGGCUCUUCUUGGCCUGCAUGGUCUCCGGCGGCAUCCAGUAUGGCUGGGCGCUGCAACUUUCCCUCCUCUCGCCCUACUCUCAGACUCUUGGGAUUUCGCACAGCUACGUUUCCCUGACAUGGAUCUGCGGGCCUAUUGCUGGAUUUGUGGUGCAACCCAUCGUCGGUUACUACAGCGACCGAUGCACCUCGACGAUCGGGCGGCGGCGGCCCUUCAUCCUUGCUGGAUGCCUCAUCAUCUGCAUCUCUGUGAUGCUCAUCGGCUUCUCGGCGGACAUCGGGCGGCACCUCGGCGACACCAAGGAGCACUGCAGCACGUUCACCGGCUCCCGCUGGGCCGCCGCCGCCGUGUACAUUGUUGGCUUCUGGUUCCUCGACUUCGCCAACAACACCGUCCAGGGACCGGCUCGCGCGAUGAUGGCCGACCUAUCCGGUGAGCGAAAUCAUCUCAUCCAUCUACUUCUGAUGUUCGAACUUGAUCGCGUACGUGCAAGAUUAAAAUUGGUGAUGCUUAACGUUUUGUGCAAUGCAGCUGGGCAGCACGGCCCUAACGUUGGCCAGGCGAUCUUCUCCCUGUGGAUGGCUCUCGGCAGCGUCCUCGGCUACUUGUCCGGCGCCAACGCAAAAUGGCACGAGUGGUUCCCUUGGCUCAAAACCGCGGCGUGCUGCGACGCUUGCGCCAACCUUAAGGGCGCCUUCCUGACUGCAGUCGUCCUCAUUAUCAUCAGCAUGGCGGUGACCAUGUCCCUCGCCGCCGAGGAGCGGCUCAACAAGGACGACGUCGACGCCUCCUCCGGCGGCGGGUGCUGCUCCGCGUUCGCCGACCUCUUCAAGAGCCUCAAGAACCUGCCUCCCUCCAUGUUCAAAGUGCUCGCCGUCACGGCCGUCACCUGGCUCUCGUGGUUCCCGUUCUUCCAGUACAACACCGACUGGAUGGGCCGGGAGAUCUACCACGGCUUGCCGCAGGGCACGGGCGGCAAGGCCGACACAUUUAACGCAGGCGUCCGCGAGGGCGCCGUCGGCCUCCUCUUCUGCUCCAUCGCGCUCGGAGUCACCUCCUUCCUGAUCCCCAAGCUGUGCCGGAAGCUCACGUCCAGGGUCGUCUGGGCCAUCAGCAACCUGCUGGUGUUCGUCUUCCUGACGGUGAUGGUCGUCGUCGGCAUGGUCUCCAUGAAGGGCUACAAGGCCUCUCUCACCGCUGGCCUCACCGGGCCCGAUCCCACCCUCAAGGGCAUCGCGCUCGCCGUCUUCGCGCUCAUCGGCAUUCCCCAGGCCGUGCUGUUCAGUGUCCCAUGGGCCGUCGCGUCCGAGGUCGCCGCCGAGGAGGGCGGAGGCCAAGGCCUCACCAUUGGCGUCCUCAACAUCGCCAUCGUCGUUCCACAGCUGGUGAUCGCGCUCACCGCCGGCCCAAUCGACGGAGCCUUCAACAAGGGCAACACGCCGGCCUUCGGCAUCGGCGCCGCCUUUGCUGUGAUCUGCGCGGUCCUGGCGCUCGUCCUGCUCCCAAAAACGAGAGGCAUGUCCAGCGCCGCCGUCAUGGCGGGCGGGCACUGAGCUCGCACCGAGACCGCAGCGGGAUGAGAGGCAGGAACUCGAUUACAUGAUCCGGCCUCUGCUUCUUGCCGCACGCAAAUUAAACAACAAUCAUUAGGAGAGAGAACAAACUGAUGCUACCAGGUGUUCGGGGUUGGUUGUUGUCAAAUCCCUGAGUCUUGUCUGGCUUGUUCAUAUGUGAUGUUGCGCUGCAGACUUGCAUCUCAUAAUUUCGACAUUUACUUAUGUAUUUUUUAUAUCACAGCAGUAGAGGACAGGAGAGAUCUUUCCUGGUUGCAAUGUUUAGCACACCAGGAAACCUCAAAUGUUCAAGAUGAACACUAGUUCUCUCUCUCUCUCUCUGCUGUAAUGAGUAGAACUUAUCAAUGAAAUACAUUUGAAUGGC